AUGGCCAGUCUCCGCCGGCUCCUGCAGCGCGACGCGUCCCCGGCCGCGCCCUGGCCGACGCCCGACGAGAGCUACGCGUCUCCGGCGUCGCACGCGCACCGCGAGCGCGCGGAAACGGCCCCCACGUCGCAGCUGGAGGCCGGCGGCGCGGCCAUUCCGGUGCCCAACACGCAGCCGGCACGGGUCUCGAGCUUCCCGCGCCACUUCUUCGACCGUGCGGGUGGUCGCUCGUCGUCCUCUUCGUCCUCGUCCUCGUCGGAUGGCGACGACCUGGAGGGUGCAGGAGCGAUGACGUCAACAAGCUACUUCCGACCGAGAACCAUGGACGGAUAUACCAGAUACCUCGAGUAA